GGAGCCAGUUUGCUUAUGCAUUAUAAAAUACAGCAAAUUUGGUGCCAGUACCUGAAAUUCAGUCCUAUCGUCUCUUAUUUUAGGGUUUUUAAGAACAGCAAAAAACAAUCCACUAGCAGCGGUACUCUGUAUAACAUUGAUAAUCUCGGAUUUUGUUAUGUUUUAAUUAGUGGUCUAAAUAAAUAUGUAUUCUUCGAGAGGCAGUAAUGCUUAUGGCCAGCAAUCUUAUGGUGCCCAAUCUGGCUACACACAAAAUCUGGGAACGGCAUAUUCUGGGAGCUCUGCUGGGGGGCAUGACGGGGGCUCUCAACAUUCACUGGCUUCUAGGCAUUCAUUGAUUAUGGGUGGUCCUCAGGAAGCUGAUGUUGGUGGAUACAGAGGGCAUGCUUCGGCCACAGCACAUUAUGGGAGCCAAUAUGGGGCUGCCUAUGGCUCAACUGCCAUGAGUGGUGCUCAACAGGCUCCCACAUUGAGUGCCAAAGGGAGUGGAGGGUUGUCUUUGGAUAGUCGUGGCACCUAUCCAUCAACUCUGCCUGAUUCUCCUAAAUUUUCAUCAGCUGACUACAUCUCAUCAUCAAGUCAUGGAUAUGGACACAAAAGCGAUCAAUUGUUUGCAGAAAAAAUACCUGAUUAUCCAACAAUUGACAGACGACCAUAUGGUGAACGACAGGGUACAUAUAUGGGGAGGGAUAUGCAAGGUGAUGCAGCUACACGAUAUGUUGAUUCUGUUGGUUUUGGUCAUCAACAUCAGCCUGAGAUUUAUGAACGUAUUGAUCAAGCUUCAAUUCUUAGACAAGAACAGUCAUUGAAACCCCAGUCAUUGCAAUCCGCCUCUCUUGAUGGAGGUGCCAGACAAAUUGACUAUCUUGCAGCAAGAGGUGCUGCUAGUCGUCAUACCACCCAGGAUCUCAUGUCUUUUGGAGGAAGAAUAGAUGCCGAUCCUCGCAAUUCCUCAUUACUUAGUUCUUCUACGUACAAUGGGCAACAUGCUCCCUCGAUAUUGGGAGCCGCUCCUAGGAGAAGUGUUGAAGAUCUAUUGUAUCCUCAAAGCUCAUCAAAUCCCGGAUAUGGAGUGAGUUUGCCUCCUGGAAGGGACUAUGGCACUGGAAAAGGGCUCCAUGGAACAUCUCUUGAAUCUGAUUAUCUUGGUUCUCAUCCAAGGAUUAAUGAGCGCAUGGAUGACAGAGCUAGCUAUCUUCGAGAAUUUGAGCUAAGAGAGGAGGAGCGCCGUCGAGAACUUCUGCGUGAGAGGGAGAAGGAUAGAGAAAAGGAACGAGAACGGGAACGGGAACGUGAACGUGAACGCGAACGGGAACGAGAAAGAAAGCGGGAAAGGGAGCGCAUUUUGGAACGGCGUGAAAAGGAGAGGGAGAGGGAGAGGGAGAGGGAGAGGGAGAGGGAGCGAGAGCGGAAACGUGGACUUGAAAUUAGGCGGGAGCGAACUCCACCAAGAGCUUCAAUGGAUCGACGUGGUUCCUCUUUGCUGAAAGAGGGGAGAUCUUUACGACGUGAUUCUCCAAGCCAUGAAGCAUCACAUAGGCGUCAUUCACCUGUUAAAGAAAAAAGAAGAGAUUAUGUCUGCAAGGUUGGCACAUUCAGUUUGGUGGAUAUAGAGAGGGAUUUUCUAUCAAUUGAUAAGAGAUAUCCCAAACUUUUUGCUUCUCCAGAAUUUUCUAAGGUCAUUGUGAAUUGGCCAAAGGGAAACCUGAAACUUUCUAUCCAUACCCCUGUCAGUUUUGAGCAUGAUUUUGUUGAGGAUAGCAGUGAAGCAGAAAAAAAGGAUCUGUCCACGACGUUCUUGUCUCAAAAAUUUGGAAAACCAGAGAUUGGAAGCACUGUUUGGAAUGCAAAGAUAAUUUUGUUGAGUGGACUUAGCAAGAAUGCUCUGGAGGAGCUCUCAUCUGAGAAAAGAUGUGAUGAUCGUGUACCCCAUAUUUGCAAUAUUCUUAGGUUUGCUGUCCUCAAAAGGGACCGUUCUUUUAUGGCUGUUGGUGGACCAUGGGAUUCUGCUGAUGGCGGUGAUCCAUCAGUUGAUGAUUCUGUUUUAAUUCAAACAGCCCUUAGACAUGCAAAGGAUCUAACUCAGCUUGAUUUGCACAACUGCCAUAAUUGGAACCGUUUUCUUGAGAUACAUUAUGAUAGAUUUGGCAUUGAUGGGUUCUUUAGCCACAGAGAGGUCACUGUUCUGUUUGUUCCAGAUUUAUCUGAAUGUCUUCCUUCAUUAGAUGCAUGGCGAGAGCAAUGGCUUGCACACAAGAAGGCUGUUGCUGAUAGAGAACAUCAGCUUUCUUUAAAGAAAGAGAGGGCUAGAAAGGAAGGGGAAAAAGAUAAAGGAACAGAUUCUGCGAGAGAUUCUAAGAAGUCAGCUCAAAAGGAAAAUAUCAAAGAGUCUGCCUCUUCUGUCAUCAACAAGGAUAAAGAUGGAAAUUACAUAAAAGGUAAAACAACUGAAUGCAGGAGUGGUGAAAAUGAUAAGAAAGCUGAGAAAAAAGAUGAACCUGAAACAGCUGACGAAGGCAAGAAUAUCGACAAGAAGGACCAGGGGGGAGCUGCUGGUUUGCAGACAGCGAAGUCUGGAAAGAAGAUCAUACGGAGAAUUGUGAAACAGAAGGUCACCAAUAAGACUGCUGAUUCUGAGAAUUCUAUCAGCAAAAAGAAUGAACCAGCAGAUGAGGUUGUUGAGGGAAACUCUGGAAGAUCUGAGAUCUCACUUGAGCAGAGUGAAUCUCCUGCUGAUACUUCUGGCGUUAAAACUUUUGUAAGAAAAAAAGUCAUAAGAAAGGUACCGGUGGGAAAAUCUACUCAAAAUAAAGAAAAUGACUCGCAGUCUGAGAUGAAAGCUGGGAAGGACUGCACUGAAGAUAAACCAAAGAAUACUUCAGAUACCAGCACUCCUAUAGUUACACAAGGUACUGGUAUCAAAACAACCAUAAAAAAGAAAAUAAUUAAGAAAGUACUUAAAAGAAAGCUCACUGGUGCAGGAGCCAGUGGCGGGACUGGUGACCUUAAGAAAGAUGACAUAAAGGAUGAGGAAAAGGUUGUUCAGGCAGGUAAAGAAACAGAAAACACUGGGGAAAAAACAGCAGAAACAGGAAACCAGGAGCGUGAGGCAAAAGAUUCAGAGAAGAAAGUAAUUCAUAGCACCAAGUCAAAAUCCCCAAUAGUGGAGAAGCAAGCUAGUGUGCCAAUUUUGAACAAAAUCAAGGCUGUCAAGGAGGAUGAAAAGGAAAUUGACCAGAAAAGCAGCUCAGGGACUAAAACUGAAGUUAAGGCUGACAGGCUAAAGGUUGCCCUGAAGGAUAGUGCUAAUAGCAAGGGAGGAAAGUUGAAGGAUGAUGAAAAAUCGAAGGAAGAGAAAAAGGACAAAGAUGGAAAAGAAGUCAAGGAAAAGAGAAAGCCUGAAGAACCCCCUAGACACCCUGGGUUUAUUUUGAAAACAAAAGGCAACAAGGAAUCUAAACUGCGUUUUUUAUCACUUUCACUGGACUCACUUUUGGAUUACACUGAUAAGGAUGUUGAAGAAUCAACAUUUGAGCUUUCACUAUUUGCUGAAUCUCUAUACGAAAUGCUUCAGUAUCAAAUGGGCUCUCGUCUUUUGACAUUUCUCCAGAAGCUACGAAUAAAAUUCGUAACCAAAAGAAAUCAAUACAAGAGGCAGCGGGAGGAAAUAGAUGAGAAGGAGAAGGAGAAGGAGAAUGACAAGGACAAGGACAUGGAUGUGGACAAGGAAUCAUCAAGAAAGCGCCUGAAGACUAGCGAGUUACCUGUGAAAGCUAAAUCUGCAAGCAGUGAAAUGUCUAGUGCAGAUCAGCCAAAUGAUGAAAAGACUGUCAUGGAGGAGGAUACUUCUGUAGAUCCUGUUAAUGAGACAAAGCAGGAAGAAGAAAGUGAAUCUGAGGAAGACCCAGAAGAAGACCCUGAAGAAUGUGAAGAAAUGGAGGGUCCUGAAGAAUAUGAAGAAACGGAUGAUGUUGGACAUGAUUCAUCUAAUGAGCAUAAAGAUGAGGGGAAGACCAGUGGGGAUGCUGAGCAUGAUGAACCUCUGGCUGGCGACGAAAAAAACAAGGCUGAGGAAGUGGCUGAAGAUAAAACUGACAUCGAAGAUGUAGAGUCAAAACACAAGUCUGGUUCAGAUUUGUCUGAUAAAAAAGUUGACAAGGUGAAGACAGAGCUGUCUGGGAAGGAGGCCGUGAUUGAUAAGGAAUUAUUGGAGGCUUUCAGGUUUUUUGACCGGAAUCGAACUGGCUACAUCAGGGUUGAAGACAUGAGGUUGAUUAUCCACAACUUGGGGAAAUUUCUUUCCCACAGAGAUGUCAAGGAACUUGUGCAAAGUGCUUUGUUGGAGAGCAACACUGGGAGGGAUGACCGCAUUCUCUACAAUAAGCUGGUGAGAAUGACUGGCGUUUGAUAUUUUAGGUUUUCAGGUUGUUCCGGGAGUACUCCAGUCACUUCGCUGUCACAAUUCACCUUUUCAUUGCUCCAUAAGAGGAUGCGACACUGUAUUAGUCAUGAAUUUAUGUUGUUUUACGUCACCAUUUCUUACUGUCAACAGGUAUAAAUCUCGACUUUUAUAAUCGGGGAAAAUAGGUUAUAUAUUAUUUCUUGUUAGUGGAAAAAAAAA